ACUCCCGUGUCCUUACUGAAAUAUAUAUGACAUUUAAAUAGAGAGCGAGAUCACUUUUGAGUGUCAAGUAAUGAGAUCCCCCCCCAGUGAACCUGAUAGUGCUGGUGAAGCUCAGCGGGGUCAUUUGCUGUUUUGAUUUCUGUUUACCUUCUUAAGUCACCAGUGUCCGACUUUGGGACCGGGAGCACUUUUUAGUAACAGACUUGCUUUUUUUCUGCAAAGGAGAAAAACAUGCCCCUUUGACUCAGCUGGAGGCUGCCCUGCUCCUCAGUGCUCCGGGGUGGCGACACGUCCUGUAUUUACUAGAAGUAAAGCAAACCAGUUCUUCAAGUGGCAGUUGAUCUUCAAACCUGGUCGCAAAAUAAACUGUGUCCAGAUUACUCUGUGGACCGCAGGCAGAGGGGAGGACACUGCCUCUUGAGAGAGUCUGCUCUCGGUAACAAAGAGCAGCAGCCUCCCGCCUACAGGAACCGGCCAUGGCGCUGCGCCCACGAGCUUCCUCUCAGCCGGGGAAACUGUCCUUCCUCCAGAGUCCCAAGGUGGCCUCAGCCCUCCGGCCGCGGGCCGUUACCUCGCGCUCGGGCUCCAUGCUGGAGGAGGAACUGUCCUGUCCCAUCUGCUGCGAGGUCUUCAAGGAGCCCGUGGUGCUCCAGUGCAGCCACAGCUUCUGCCGAGCCUGCCUGCAGCAGUUCUGGAACAAGAAGAAGGCCCGGCGCGAGUGUCCCGUCUGCAGGAUGAAGUGCGCCCUGACGGAGCCCACGGUCAGCCUGGCCCUGAAGAACGUGGCCGACACCUUCCUGAGGGAGCAGGAGCGCAAGGCGGCCCCGGCUGGGACGUGGGCUCGGGCCGGCGGGACUGGGGAGGACGCGGGGAUGGUGGAGGAAAAGUGCAGCUUACACGGGGAAAUUCUCAAGCUCUUCUGUCUCGAUGACUUUGAAGUCUUGUGCUGUGUGUGUCACACCUCCAAGAAGCACCAGGGACACCGAGUGUGUCCCCUGGAUGAGGGGGCUCAGGACCUCAAGGCAGAGCUGAAGGAGGAGCUGGUUCCUCUGAAGAAAAACCUGCGUCACCUGUAUCAGGCCAAGCAGGAGUGUGAUGACACAACUGUCCACAUGAAGAACCAGACUCAGGCCACCGAGAAGCAGAUCAGAGAGGAGUUCGAACAGCUCCGAGAGUUUCUGCGGCGGGAGGAGGCGGCGCGACUGGCCGCCCUGCAGCAGGAGGACGAGGAGAAGAAAGAGCUGGUGAAGAAGAAGUCCGACAGCAUCACCCGAGAGAUCCUCACCUUCUCUCACGCCGUCAUCGCCAUCGAGAACGAGAUCGCGUCCAGUGACGCUCUCUUCCUUCAGAAUUAUACUAACACAAAGAAAAGAGCACAGAUCCCACAGAAGGACCCGGAAAAAGUGUCAGGAGCUCUGAUUAAUGUGGCCAAACAUGUCAGCUCCCUCAAGUACCACGUGUGGGAGAAGAUGGCGGAGCUGGUUCAGUACACGCCCAUCACCCUGGACCCCAACACAGCCUACUCCUGGUUGUCCCUCUCCUCGGACCUGACCAGUGUGGCCAACGGUGGCUCCCGGAAGCAGCUCCCGGACAACCUUGAGCGAUUUGGCCACUUUGUGUUCGUGCUGGGCUCCGAGGGCUUCACCUCGGGCCGCCACGCCUGGGAGGUGGAGGUGGGGGACAAGGGGGACUGGAUGCUCGGCGUGGUCAGGGAGUCCAUCGACAGGAAGGGACGCAUCUCGGGCUGCCCCGAGGGCGGCUUUUGGAUGAUCUCGCACUACGAGAGCGAGUUCGCGGCCAUGGCGAGGCCCAGCAUCCCGCUGCACCUGGAGGGGCAGCUGACCCGGGUCAGGGUGCAGCUGGACUACGAGUCCGGAGAGGUGACCUUCUCCAACCCCGUCAGCAUGACGCCCAUCUACACCUUCACAGGCCGCUUCACUGAGAAGAUGUACCCCUUCUUCUGCCCCGGAGCCAACAUCAACGGGAAUAACCCCAAACCCCUGAAGAUCUGCCCCGCCAAAGUGGCUGUGUGGAACAGUGCGACGUGGUGACCUCGAUGGGAACCACUUGCAGAGCACGUCAGUGUGUUGAAAGUUCAAUAAAUUACCCAAAGUGCAAAUCAAAUCAUGUGGGCAGAUGAUUGUCAGUGCGUGUUUGUGUGUAAAAUGAGCAUGUUACAAGCUGAGCGAUCACAAACAAUAAUUGACUGGGUUUCGUUUAGGGACUCAUUCAAGUUAAUGAAGCACAGAGCAGCUGUUGAAAGCAGCCAGGGGACGGACUCGCCCUCAAGAUCCAGGAGGGCUUCAUUCUGCCUCUCUCUGCCAGAGAGGCCAUAACGCUAAGCAUCCCGAGCACUCUCCAGAGCAUCAAUCUCCCCCCGGUACGCACGCACGCACGCACGUACGUACGCACGCACGCACGCACGCACGCACGCACGCACGCACGCACGCACACACACACUACACGUUACUAUGGAGACUCUCACAGGUGUUGAACUCAUCUCAUUCUUUGUUAAGAAACUCUUGGUUCUGUGGUUUUAUUCAAAAUUCAAGUGGCUCAGAUCUGAGGUUUCGUGUGGAUAUUCUCCGCUCUGAUCUUGGCCACUUUCAUUCGUGAUCCAUAUCUGAGUUGUGUAAACACACACUCGAGGCUGAACAGUCUGAAAUGAUGCCGUCUUUGUUUCAUCUUUGUUUUGUGUUGGCACUUGUAGGCCCGCUGAGGGAUGCUGCUGCCAUGGGGGUUAACCUGAGGGCAGAUGAAAUGUAAGGCUGCUAAAUUAUUUGAAAUGAUGCCUCAAUACAAAUCAUAAAUUUAAUAAAAAGGUGUCGAUGCAGGGUCACGGGAGCAUUGUGAACGCAAAGAAACUGCUUAGAGGCUUCAUACUAACUAACUAAAUGCUCGAAUAAAACAAUCCAGUGUUGCGUCACGUGUCCAUUUUCCAUGGAUCAAUAUUGUAAUGCAGCUGCGUGAGGACACUGGCAGGUACAACCAAGUACCAAGUGGCCUCACGUUUCAUGUGUGAUGACAUGAAAUAAAACUUGGAACGAUUACAUUUUAUGAAUUUGAUUCUGGCAGAUUUAUUGAUGAUUUCUAUAAAUGAUAUUUUAAUAAAUAAUAAUGCUUUUGUUUCUGUCGCACCUCUCAAAACAGCUGUUACACAGUGCUUCACAAAAAAGGAAAAAUAAAGGAAUUAAGGAAGCAAUCAAAAUCAAAGACAGGAAAUGAAAUAAGACAAAUAAAACGGGUAACCAUAAAAGAAAAGGAUGAAAGAAACAGAUUAAAAAAACUCUCAUGGUAGCUCAACAACAAUAAAAAAAAUCACACGGUGAUUGCAUAAACAUCCAACCAUUGUGUGCGGACAAAUAUUAAUCCAUG